GAAUACCAGCCUACAUGAGGUUAACAUGUCAUUUAAACCCCAAAAGGUGUGUGACUUGGUUAGAAGAAUUAGCUGUUCAGAACCUGAUGAUGGUAUCAGCCUGUCUUCAGAGAUAGCAAUAUUUAUGCAUGGACUCUUGUUGUAGAAGGAAUUAAAUACAGAAUGUAUUGAGAAUGUUAUCUAUGAAGGAUACAUGAAAGAGGACUCCGAGGAAGUAAACUUGGUGAAGAAAGAAAGGAAUUGAUAGUUUGUUUGAGACCAUUCUUGACGGAGAAUAAUGUACAGAUUUUCCAUAUCAGCUAGGUGGAGUCCUUUAUCGUCAUUCAAAAUGGAGAUAAUUUGUUACUAAGUGACACAGUUAUAGCAUGACAUCAGGGGUCCUACAUCUAAAACGUUCUUGUAUGUUAGAUUAUGAGAGGACAGAUAAUGGAAAGAAGGCAUACAAAUGUGAUAUAUGUGGAAAAUUAUUCUCUCGUACCAAUGAUUUACACAAUCAUACUAGAACACAUACGGGAGAGAAGCCAUUCAAAUGUCACAUAUGUGGCAUGGCAUUUAAGCAGGCCAGCUACAUGACGCCACAUCUCCGAACCCAUACUGGAGAGAAACCAUUCAAAUGUGAUGUGUGUGGUAAGACUUAUGCUAGAUCUACUGACCUACACAGACACUCGAGGUCACAUACUGGAGAAAAGCCAUACGGGUGUGAUAUAUGUGGAAAAACUUAUUCUGUGUCACGGAAUCUAAUCAUCCAUAAAAGGACUCACACAGGAGAAAAACUGUACAAAUGUGAAAUUUGUAACCGAGGCUUCAUUUCAGCAAUGAACUUAGAGGCCCAUAAAAGUUUACAUACAGGAGUGAAGCCAUUUAAGUGCAACAUCUGCGGAAAGGGAUACGGCAUGGCCCAAAGUCUAAAGAGACACUGUAAGACACAUUGGGAGAAGAAAGUGUGUGGAAUUUGUAAUGAAAGUUUUACAGGUGCUGAUAAACUUAAGGAACACUUAAAAAUACACAAUGGCGAAAGACAGUUCAAGUGUGAUGUCUGUGGAGAUGGAUUUAGUCAACCAAGAUACCUCCAGGCACAUUUAAGACAACAUAAUGGAGAAAUUUCAAAGAUUUCCAAACCUGAGUCAUCAGCAAUAUCUAAGUGUGAAAUUUGUGGAAAGAGAUUUAGAAAACCUGAAAAUCUUCAGUUUCAUCUAAACAUUCAUAGCACAAGGGAUAAUUUAAUAUCCUUCAAAACAGAUGUGACAGUAGAGCGUGUUUCACCACAACUUGACACCACCCAUAGAGACGACAGCCAACCAUCACAAUCUGAGACGUGUGCAAGAAGCUACAGCCGAACAAGUAUGGCACCACACCUCAUGACACAUCCUACUAUAGAGAGCCCGGCACUUGAGGAUCCACACCCUGACACAGAUCCUACAAUCGAAAGCCUAGUACUUGUAGAAUCACUCCUCAAGACACAUCCUUCAAUUGUGAGUCCCGCUCUUGUGAAACCACACCUCGACACACAUCCUACAACAGAGAGCCCAGUACUUGUAGAACCAAACCUAGAGACACAUCCUACAACAGAGAGCCCAGUACUUGUAGAACCAAACCUAGAGACACAUCCUACAACAGAGAGCCCAGUACUUGUAGAACCAAACCAAGAGACACAUCCUACAACAGAGAGCCUAGCACUUGUAGAACCAAACCAAGAGACACAUCCUACAACAGAGUGCCUAGCACUUGUAGAACCAAACCUAGAGACACAUCCUACAGUAGAGAGCAUGUCACUUUUGGUGCCACACCUUAAGACACAAGGUUUGUCAAUGGUUACAACACAUGUUGAGAAAUAUGAGACAGGGACAAACCAGUCAACAUUAGCACCAAUUCUGGAUAUAUAUGUUAGAGGGGAAAGCCAUCAGUUACUGGUUCCUCUUAUUGAGACUAAUGAAUCAAGUGACAUUGAGACACAUAUAGAGGACAACACUUCUCCAUCCCUAACAACUCAUUUUACAGUUGAUAGUCUCCUGGAGUACUUUGAGACAUAUCAUAGACAAGAAAAGGCUUGUAGGCCGAAAGAAAGAAUGCAAGUGACAGGAGACAUUAAUUUUGAUACAGAGGACACCCAUCCACUGGAGGCAUCAUACCUUGAGACAGGUGUCACAGAGGACAAUCAGCCAAUAAACCAGAAGACACGUGUCACAGAUCACAUACAGACUCUCAAUCAGGAAACACAUGUCACAGAUCACAUACAGACUCUCAGUCAGGAGACACAUGUCACAGAUCACAUACAGACUCUCAGUCAGGAGAUACAUGUCACAGAUCACAUACAGACUCUCAAUCAGGAGACGCAUGUCACAGAAUAUAAUCAGCCGUCAAAUCAAGAGAUGGACAUUUUAGAAGAAAACCACAUGUUAGAUGACAACCACCAGUUUGAAGCAGCACACCUUGAGACAUAUUUUCUCAGAGAAAAUCACAUUAAGUAACAUAUUUAAAUGAAAAAACCGGAAACCAUUGGCUUCUUUCCUACCACCACACCUAGAAACACACAAUACACGAGAGAUCUUAGUCUACCAC